ACUAUAGUUUCGGUAAAAUUGGACAGUACACAUUCGAUUGAAUCGAUCAAAGUUUUCUCGAGCUUCAACAGUGAUGGACAGUUCUGUCCGGAAAAAUAGUCGCGCAGAUGUCAGCUGUCAUUUUUAUCAUAACUAAUGCGUUACUAGAUCCAAAUACAAACUGUGCAAACAAAAUUAUUCCAACUUCGCCAACGGUCGGUAACAUGUAUAAAUAGCCCUCGAUUUUUCAUGGUGCCAGUCAGCUCGGUUUGAUUUCCCCGUCAAAAUGUACGUGCUUAGCUUCACUCUCGCGAUUCUCUGCUUCCUUCCUGGCCCUAUUUGGUCGGAUACGGUCGUACCAGAUGGUCAAAGUUCGUGGUGUCUAGUCGAAAAGCGAGAUUCAUCGUAUCCUGAACCACCGGCGGAAUGUUGCACGACCGAUUACAAUUGCGACGUCUUCAUCAACGCGGCUAGCACGAAAUAUGGCAUAAAUAAUACGAGUCCAUGGACUCAACGACUUUGCUCUUGUGAAGACGAUUUCAGAGCUUGUUUAACGCAAUUCCUGCCCAGGAUGGACGCCCUGAAGGCCGCAUUUGUUUCGCUUCGACAAUCUUGUUUGAAGCCAGUGCCUUGUCCGGAUGGAGAACAAUGCGAGAAGCCAUAUCAGUCCAUCAAUUAUGGGCACUGGAUCGGCAGCCCCUUCUGAACCUCCGGAAACCUGCUUCAGUUCCUAUCGAAUCGAAUGUAUAAGCAAAUAAAUUAUUUCACUCACUCGUAGAGUAACAAACGAGUUGAGUCAAAUUUAUCGAGUACGUAA